AUGGGGAAGAAAAAGGGGAACAGGAAGGACGAGGAGGAUCCUUUUGCGGACCUCGGCGAGGAUGUGUCGCAGAACAAUGUGAAGCCUGCCGAGGAGGAGGUCGCGGAUGACGCACCCCAAGAAACGCCCGAGAAUGAGCCCAAGGAGGCCCCGAAGGAGGCACCCAAGGACGACGCGCCGGCCGACGAAGUCGAGCCGCCGAGGCUCUUGACGAAAAAAGAAAAGGAGCGCCUGAAGAAGGAGAAGGAAAAGGCCAAGAAAAAGGCACAGGCCGCGAACAAAAAGGAGUCGUCCGCCCAAGAGGCGCCGAAGGACGAAGCCAAGGAUGACGCGCCCGCGGACGACGCCGAGGCCAAGGACGAGGAGAGCGACGGCGGUGAUGGGCCGUCGUCGGCGGCUGACAAGAAGAAGAAGAAGAAGAAGAAAAAGGCCGAGCCCGCCCCGGCGCCAAAGAAGGCGCCGUCGGCCGCCGUCGCUGCGCUCCAGGCCAAGAUCGCUGCCCAGAAGCGCGCCGAGGAGGAGGCGCGUGCAGAGGAGGAGGCCGAGCGUGCUCGCAUCGAGGAGGAGGAGCGCAAGGAGCGCGAAGAGGAGGAGCGCAAGGAGCAGGAGCGUCUGCGUCGCAAGGAGAAGGAGAAGGCAAAGCGCGAGCAGCUCAAGAAGGAGGGCAAGCUCCUCACUCCGAAGCAGCGCGCCGAGCAAAAGGCCGCCGAGGCGCGCAAGGCUGCGAUGCUCGCCGCGGGUAAUAUCUCGGUGGCGGGUAUGCAGCAGGACACGGAGGAAAAGCCCAAGUCCAAGGUCGUGUACGAUCGCAAGAAGAAGAACAAUAAGCAGGCCGACAAGGCGCCCGCACCGGCUCCAGAGCCCGCAAAGGAGCCCGCAAAGGAGCCCGUCAAGGAACCCGUCAAGGAGCCGGAGCAGGCCAAGGCACCAGAACCCGAGCCGGAGCAGGCCGAGGACGACGGUGUGAAGGACGAGUGGGAUGCCGAGUCGGACGAUGACGUCAAGGAUGACUGGGACGCCGAUUCGGACGAGGAGCCCAAGGAGGAGGCCAAGCCCGCACCAAAGGAGGAGCCCAAGGCAAAGGAGGCCCCCAGGGCAAAGGAUGCCCCCAAGGCAAAAGAAGCCCCCAAGGCAAAGGAAGCCCCCAAGGCAAAGGAGGCCGCCAAGGCAAAGGCCGCCAAGCCCGAGGACGACGAGGAUGAAGAUGACGACGACUCGGACGACGACUCGGACGACGAUGACUCGGACGACGAUUCCGACGACGACUCGGACGACGACUCGGACGACGAGCAGCUCACCAGCACGCAGCGCCAGGCACUUGCGCGCCGCACUGCGGCCGAGCAGCGCCGCAAGGAGCGCACCGAGCAGGCGCUUGCGGAGCGCAGCGCCGAUAACCUGCGCAGCCCCAUUUGCUGUAUUCUUGGCCACGUCGACACAGGCAAGACCAAGCUUCUCGACAAGGUCCGCCAGACGAACGUGCAGGACGGCGAAGCCGGUGGUAUUACCCAGCAGAUCGGUGCGACGUACUUCCCGAUCGACGCGCUAAAGGAAAAGACGCGUGUGCUGAACGAGCUCGACUUUGAGUACAAGGUCCCUGGUCUCCUGAUCAUCGACACGCCCGGCCACGAGUCGUUCACGAACCUGCGUUCGCGUGGUAGUUCGCUGUGUAACAUUGCGAUUCUCGUCGUGGAUAUCAUGCACGGUCUCGAGCCGCAGACGCUCGAGAGUAUGCGUCUGCUGCGCGACCGUAAGACGCCCUUUAUUGUCGCGCUCAACAAGGUCGACCGUCUGUACGACUGGAAGGCGACGCCGAACAACGCCUUCCAGGCGAGUCUCGCGCAGCAGAACAAGGGCACGCAGAAGGAGUUUGAGGAGCGUGUGCAAAAGACGAUCCUCGCCUUUGCCGAGCAGGGUCUCAACGCCGAGCUGUACUACAAGAACAAGAACAUGGGCCGCUACGUGUCGCUCGUCCCGACGAGUGCCAUUACCGGCGAGGGUGUGCCGGAUCUCUUGCAGCUCCUCGUGUCGCUCACGCAGAGCCGCAUGACGGGCAGCCUGAUGUACCUGUCCGAGCUCGAGUGUACUGUGCUCGAAGUCAAGGUCAUCGAGGGUCUCGGCACGACGAUCGACGUCGUGCUUUCCAACGGUAUUCUGCGCGAAGGCGACAAGAUUGUCGUCUGUGGUCUCAACGGCCCGAUUGUCACGCAAGUCCGUGCGCUGCUUACGCCGCAGCCCAUGAAGGAGAUGCGUAUCAAGGGCUCCUAUGUGCACCACAAAGAGGUCAAGGCCGCCCUCGGUGUCAAGAUCACUGCGCCGGAUCUCGACAAGGCCGUCGCUGGUUCGCGUCUGCUCGUGUGCCAGAACGACGACGACGAGGAGAUCCUGCGCGAAGAAGUGAUGAGCGACCUCACGUCUCUCCUCAACUCGGUCGACAAGUCGGGCCGCGGUGUGUGCGUGCAGGCCUCGACGCUCGGUUCGCUCGAGGCGCUGCUCGAGUUCCUCAAGGAGAGCAAGAUCCCCGUGUCGGGUGUCAACAUCGGCCCGGUGUACAAGAAGGAUGUGAUGCGCUGUGCGACGAUGCUCGAAAAGGCCAAGGAGCUCGCGUGUAUCCUCUGUUUCGAUGUGCCCGUCGACAAAGAGGCCGAGCGCCUGGCCGAUGAGCUCGGCAUCAAGCUGUUCACCGCCGACAUUAUCUACCAUCUCUUUGACAGCUUCAUGGCCUACAAGGCCGAGAUCACCGAGAACAAGAAGCGCGAUGCGGCGUCCACCGCCGUGUGGCCGUGCCGCCUGCGCACGAUCGCCGCGUUUGCCAAGCGUGACCCCAUCAUUCUGGGAUGCGACAUUCUCGACGGCUCGCUCCGCGUCGGCACGCCCUUGUGUGUCGUCAAGACAGACCCAGCGACGCGCAAGCGCGAGGUCAUCAACCUCGGCCGUGUGACCUCGCUCGAAAUCAACCACAAGACCCGCGACGUGGUCCAGAAGAAGGACGUCGGUGCGGGUGUUGCGGUGCGUAUCGAGCCCGGCAUCAACGAGGCGCCCAAGAUGUUUGGCCGCCACCUCGACGAGAAGGACGAGAUUUACUCGCUCAUCUCGCGCCAGUCGAUCGACGCCUUGAAGGACCACUUCUGGGACGGCGUCUCGACCGAAGAGAAGCGCCUCAUCAAAAACCUCAAGACGCUCCUCGAUAUUCCCAUCCUCCGUCGCUCGACACACAAUUCUCUCCCUUACUACUCCCCGGCCGCGACCCCCACCGCCCAGGCUGUCACUGGCAGCGAGGGGCUGGAGCGCUGGCGCCGCUUCCUUCCUGAGACGCCCAAGGCGGACGUCAAGAAGGUGCUGCUGGUAGGCUCAGGUGGUCUGAGCAUUGGUCAGGCCGGCGAGUUCGACUACAGUGGCUCGCAGGCAAUCAAGGCGCUGCGCGAGUCCGGUAUCGAGACCGUGCUUAUCAACCCCAACAUUGCAACGAUCCAGACGUCGCAUCAGCUGGCGUCGCAGAUCUACUUCCUCCCUAUCUCGCCGGACUACGUCGCGUACGUCCUCGAGAAGGAGCGCCCGGACGGCGUGUUCCUCACCUUUGGUGGUCAAAGCGCGCUUAACGUCGGUGUCAAGCUCGACGAGAUGGGCAUCUUUGAGCGACUCGGAGUGCAAGUGCUCGGGUCGCAGGUCGACGUACUGCGUAUGUGCGAGGACCGAGACUUGUUCGUCCAGGCGCUGGACGAAAUCGAUAUUCCCGUGGCGCGUAGCGAGGCCGUAUCGACCGUCCCCGAGGCACUCCGUGCCGCGGACGAGAUUGGUUACCCGGUCAUCGUGCGAGCCGCUUAUGCCCUCGGUGGUCUCGGAUCCGGCUUCGCGGACGACGAAGACGAACUGCGCGACUUGAGCGCUCGAUCCCUCAGUCUCUCGCCCCAGAUUCUGGUGGAAAAGAGUCUGCGCGGCUGGAAGGAGAGCGAGUAUGAGGUGCUGCGUGACCAGCAGGACAAUGCUAUCAUCUGCUGUAACAUGGAGAACUUUGACCCGCUCGGUAUCCACACGGGUGACUCGAUCGUAGUCGCUCCGUCCCAGACGCUCUCGGACGACAACUACCACAUGUUGCGCUCGGCGGCCCUCAAGGUUAUUCGUCACCUGGGCAUCGUGGGUGAGUGCAACAUCCAGUACGCCCUCAGCCCGGAUUCGCGCGAGUACCGUGUGAUCGAAGUGAACCCGCGUCUGAGUCGCUCGAGUGCGCUGGCCUCCAAGGCGACGGGUUACCCGCUUGCGUACACCGCUGCCAAGCUCGCGCUCGGCCACACGCUCCCGGAGCUGCCCAACGCGGUGACCAAGACGACCACCGCCUGCUUCGAGCCGUCGCUGGACUACAUUGUGACCAAGAUCCCCAAGUGGGACCUGUCCAAGUUCCAGCACGUCAACCGCCAGACGGGCUCGAGUAUGAAGUCAGUCGGCGAGGUGAUGGCCAUCGGCCGCACCUUUGAAGAGUCGCUGCAAAAGGCCGUGCGCCAGAUUGCGCCGAACUAUGACGGUUUCGACGUAUACGCUCGCCCCGAAGACCUCGACCACGCGCUCUCGGUGCCGACCGACACGCGCCUCUUUGCGAUUGCCUACGCGAUGCUCGAGAAGGACUACGACGUGGAGCGUCUGCACUCGCUCACCAAGAUUGACCGUUGGUUCCUCUUCAAGCUCGAGAACAUUGUCACGACGCACCGCGCGCUGCAGUCGGCUGCGAGCCUGUCGAACGUCGACGAGGAGCUCCUGCGCACUGCCAAGCAGCGCGGCUUCUCCGACUUCCAGAUCGGCAAGCUGACCAACAGCACCGAGGGCGAAGUGCGCAAGCACCGUAAGUCGCUGGGCAUCACGCCGUGGGUCAAGCGUAUCGACACGGUGGCUGCCGAGUACCCUGCGCAGACCAACUAUCUGUACACGACCUACAACGCCUCGUCGCACGACGUCGAGUUCGACGAGAACGGCACGAUGGUGCUGGGCUCGGGUGUGUACCGUAUCGGUUCAUCGGUCGAGUUCGACUGGUGUGCCGUGACGUGUGUGCGCCGCAUCAAGGAAAUGGGACACAAGACGAUCAUGAUCAACUAUAACCCGGAAACGGUUUCGACGGACUACGACGAAGCCAACCGCCUCUACUUUGAGGAGUUGAGCUUUGAGCGUGUAAUGGACAUUUACGAACUGGAGGGCGCCGAGGGCGCGGUGGUCUCGGUCGGUGGCCAGCUGCCGCAGAACAUUGCGCUCCGUCUGAAGGAUGUGGAUGUGAAUGUGCGCGGUACGGACCCGCUCAACAUCGACUCUGCCGAGGACCGUCACAAGUUCUCGCAGAUCCUCGACUCGAUCGGCGUCGACCAGCCUGACUGGGUCGAGGUGACGGACGUUGCCAAGGCCAAGGAGUUUGCCAACCGUGUUUCUUACCCUGUGCUUGUCCGCCCUAGCUACGUCCUGUCGGGUGCGGCAAUGAACGUGAUCUGGGACGAGUCGACUCUCGAGCACAACCUGACGAUGGCCGCCGAAGUCAACACGGACUACCCCGUGGUCCUGACCAAGUUUAUUCCGAACGCACAGGAGAUUGAUGUGGAUGCGGUCGCGCACAAGGGCAAGCUCCUUGUGCACGCCGUGUCGCAGCACGUUGAGAAUGCCGGUGUGCACUCGGGUGACGCGACGCUCGUCCUGCCGCCUUUCUCGCUUAGUGACGGAGACAUGGCUCGCCUGAAGGACAUUUCCGAGCGUGUCGCCAAGGCGUUCGAGAUCAGCGGUCCUUUCAACAUGCAGGUGAUCCGCAAGGAGAAUGCUACCAACGAUGCCGACCUGAAGGUGAUUGAGUGCAACCUGCGUGCCAGUCGCUCGUUCCCCUUCGUGAGUAAGGUGCUGGGCGUGAACUUUAUCGACGUGGCUACGUGUGCUAUCAUGGACAAGGAUGUGCCGGAGCCAGUGGACCUCAUGGCCGAGAAGCGCGAUUAUGUUGCGAUCAAGGUGCCUCAGUUCUCCUGGACGCGUCUGGCAGGUGCUGAUCCUUUCCUGGGUGUCGAGAUGGCGAGCACGGGUGAGGUCGCCUCGUUUGGUAACGACUUGCACGAGGCGUACUGGGCCUCGCUCGCAUCGACGACGGGCUUCCGUGUCCCGCAGGCCAACAAGGGUGUCUUGCUGGGCGGUAACGUGACGCAACCUGAGCUUGCUACGAUCGCCAAGAAGCUAUACAACCUGGGCUUCAAGCUGUACUGUUCGAACAGUGAGAUUGAAGCUCAUCUCAACGAUAUCCCGCAUGUCACUGCUAAGCGCAUUUGGUUCCCUCUGAAGGACAAGAGGAAGCUGCGUGAGGUGUUUGAUGACCACGAGAUCCAGUUCGUCAUCAACCUCGCGCACUACCGUGCCAAGGAUACGGUGGACGAAAACUACGUUGCUCGUCGUAACGCGGUCGACUUUGGCCUGCCGCUCUUUAACGAGCCCAAGACGGCUUUGCUCUUUGUCGAGACGCUCGAGAAGAGGAUGCCUGCCGGAUGUCUCUUGCCCUACGAGGAGGGCAACAUUCCUUCCGAGGUGCGCCCGUGGCGCGCUUUUGUUCCGAAUUCGACCCAUUAG